GAUACAUAUUUUUGCAUAUAAAAAAUUCUGACGUCAGAAAGUGGGAUGUUCCAUAUUUCGCGAUGGCGGAACAUGGAGGUUUGGUGAACUUCAAGAGUUCUCGAGUUUACGAGACGGAAAAGGCGGUCAAAAGGCAGGCUAGAGAGCAGCUACUGGUCAAGGCAAAAGAGAAGCAUGAGAAAGAAGAGAGGAGGAAGGAGAGAAAGCGGAGGACAGGGGAAGAUGUCUGGAUGCUGCCGGCUGUCAACAAACGAUUGGCUACAGAGGAGGAGAGCCUGAAGCCCAAGAAACACAAGAAAGAGAAAAAGAAGCACAAAAAACACAAGAAACAGAAGAAAAGGAAGAGGAAUGACUCGAGCAGUGGCUCUGAGGCAUCUGAUGGAGAAGUUCAGUGGGUGGAAAGUUCUGCUGACAGGACAGUUGUAGCACCCCCAGUACCAGUACCAGUACCAGUACCGGGGCAGGCAGAGACACAGACAACUGCAGUGGAGGAACCAACCAGGAGAGAUGAUUGGAUGAUGGCAUCCUUUGACCUGGUUCCCACAGUAUCACAAAAGGAUCUGAAGCAGCAGAGGAAGGAGGAGAGGGAGAAAGAGAAAGAGAAGAACAAGUCCCUGUCAUGUGUAGAUGCGCCUGGACAGCAUGCAAAAGAACUGAACCCCUACUGGAAAGAUGGAGGAACUGGUCUGCCAGAGGAGGCACCAAGCAACAAGGAUGGUCCCAAACGCACAGUGAGUGUGUUUGAUGGAGGUGCAGACUGGCUGAGGAGGCAGUACAGGAGAGCCAAGGAACAGGCAGAGGAGGAAGGCAGGCCAUUUGAAGACAUUGUAGAGCAAAGAUGGGGGUCCCUGGAGAAGUUCCAGCAGAUGUUGGCAGUGGCAGAAGAGAAGGAAAGAGAACAGAGGUCAUCUCAAGGUGGUGAGAGGGACAGAGGUCAGGGGUCAGACUGGGAGAGAUGGAGAAAACCUGCAUCAGCAGACAGGGGAAGUCAUGGAGACAAGCACAGGUAUGAUAGACGUGAGAAGGAAAGAUCACAUGAGAGAGAUGGGGAAAGAAGAAAGUCACCAGAAGAAGACAGAAGAACACACUCUCACAAAGACUACAGCAGGGACCGGGAUAACUAUACAAGAAGGGAACACAGUAGAAAAGAUGGUGAACCAAGUAGAAGUAAAGAAGACAGAGGUAGCAGGGACAAUAGAAAACAUGACAGAGACUCAUACAGAGAGAGACCCUCAAGCAAGUACAGUAGUUCAAAGUUCUCUGGGCUGUUUAAGAAACCAGCAGAAGAUCAAAAGGACACAUCUUCACUUUCCACCUGGUCUAAGAGAGCAUCACCUGAGAGAAAGGACAGGGACGAAAGAAUACCUGGCUGGAAAAAGAAAGCAUUUAAGAAACCUGGCGAGGAUACUGUCACUUGUACAGAGUCCAUUCAAGCUUCAGCUACUGACAGGUCAACUACAAAUUCCCAAAGCAUGCCAAGAGCUAGUAGUAGUAGUACAACUAGUAGUGGUAGUAGUAGUAGUGCCCCCUCCUGGAAGAAGAAGGAACUGCAGCAGCCUGAGAACCCUAGAGACUCAGAGUCCAGUUCAAGUGACAGUUCAUCUGAAGAUGAGGACAGGUCUCCGUCCCCCCCAGUGAGGAUCCUAUCAGAAGAAGAGAUGAACAGUUUGGGGGCCAAACUGGUGAAGGCUGAAUUGAUGGGAAAUGAGGAACUGGCAGCCAAGAUUAAAAUGCAGCUAGAACAGGCCAGGAAGGCAAAGGAAGCUCAACCUAAGAUGCCAGUCAGACAAGACGGCAGGCCCAGUGUUAGGAGAGGUGAGGAGGAGGUCAUCCUGACAAGAACAGAUAACACUGGUCGUAGCUGGCCUCUACCGGAGGUACAGGACUCAUCAGGCAAGGGCAGGAGGAGGAAGACUAAGAAGAUUGAGACUCAUGACAAGUCAGGCACACGGCAGCGGUACUUUGAGGAUGAUGACCAGCAUGACCUGACGUCCAUGGCCCAGCAGGAGCGCAGGACCACAGCCGCUGAUCAGAACGCCAUGUACGCCAGGAUGGCUGCCAAGUUUUCCAACAAGCCAGACUUCACGUUGGAUGACAUGUUUGAGUCGUCCGUGGCCAACAAGGGUACGGCGAAGAAGGCGGAGGAACGGGAGCGUCAGGUGGCCAUGGCAGAGCACCGUCGCCAGGCCACCAGGCUGGACAAGUGUCGCUUCUGCUUCGAGAACCCGGAAGUCCCCAAGCACCUCAUCAUCGCUAUUGGAAAGAAGGUGUACCUGACACUGCCGAGUCUGAAGUCGCUGACAGAGGGCCACUGCCUGCUGGUGCCCAUGCAGCACGUCAACUCUGGUACUACCAUGGAUGAGGAUGUGUGGGCUGAAAUACAGGCCUUCCGUCGAUGCCUGGUGCAGAUGUUCCAGGCUGACGAUGACCAGGACUGUGUGUUCAUGGAGACGGCCAUGAGACUGAACCAGUUCCGCCACACCGCCAUCGAGUGUGUUCCCCUGCCGCGCGAGCUGGGAGACAUGGCACCCAUCUACUUCAAGAAAGCCAUCAUGGAGGCAGAUGUAGAGUGGGCCCAGAAUAAACGGCUGAUCGACCUGAAAGGACGAGAUGUCAGGAAAGCAGUACCGAAGGGUUUGCCCUACUUCAGUGUGGACUUCGGAAUGCAGAGUGGUUUUGCCCAUGUGAUUGAGGAUGAGCAAAUCUUCCCUCACUACUUCGGCAGGGAAAUCUUGGGUGGGAUGCUGGACCUGGAACCUCGAUUCUUCCGCAAACCCCCCAAGGAGAGCUUUGAGGACCAGCGCAAAAAAGUCCUGAAGUUUGCAGAGCAGUGGAAACCAUUCGACUGGACCAAAAAUAUUGGCAAGGAAGUUUAGCUCCAUUGAUUAAGAUGAUCUCUCAAGAAAUUAAGAGUAAAAUACAAGUCAUAGACAGAAGGAAAUAUGUAACCAAAGCAGUAACGUUACAUUUUUAAAUUAACCACCGAGGACAGCCUAGAGCACCAAAUAAAGAUUGCAGUGUCGUUGGUCUGUGACUUCGCAUUUGGAUGUCCUUUUGUGUGAAUGUGUUUGCUAACUUUUUAGCCACAAGUACAAAUGUAUUGGAUAUAGCUGUAAGAAUAACUUCCAAAAAAUACAUUUACAGAUAUUUCAACAUUUAGCACAGUACUAGUAAUUUUAA